AUGUCCGGGACGCAGCCCGAGGAUGCUUCCCCUCCGCGCAGGAACUGGACAUCCUCCCCGGAGCUGAACGAGACGCGGGAGCCUUUUUUAAGCCCGUCCGCCGAUUACGACGACGAGGAGUUCCUGCGCUACCUCUGGAAGGAGUAUCUGCACCCCAAGGAGUACGAAUGGGCGCUGAUCGCCGGCUACAUCGUCGUCUUCAUCGUGGCGCUCGUCGGGAACGUCCUGGUUUGCAUUGCAGUGUGGAAGAAUCAUCAUAUGCGGACAGUCACCAACUAUUUCAUAGUGAAUCUAUCUCUGGCUGACAUUCUGGUCACAAUUACUUGUCUUCCAGCAACUUUAGUAGUGGACAUCACAGAAACUUGGUUCUUUGGGCAGCCCCUCUGCAAAGUGAUUCCGUACUUACAGACAGUUUCAGUCUCUGUGUCUGUACUAACACUUAGCUGCAUUGCUUUGGAUCGAUGGUAUGCAAUUUGUCACCCUUUGAUGUUUAAAAGCACAGCCAAGAGAGCAAGGAACAGCGUUAUAAUUAUCUGGAUUGUGUCCUGCAUCAUAAUGAUUCCUCAGGCUAUUGUUAUGGAGUGCAGCAGUGUGUUCCCAGGAUUAGCCAAUAAAACCACCUUGUUCACAGUGUGUGAUGAGCACUGGGGAGCUGAGGUUUACCCCAAAAUAUACCACACAUGCUUUUUCCUGGUGACAUACAUGGCACCACUGUGUCUUAUGGUGUUGGCUUAUUUACAAAUAUUUCGAAAGUUGUGGUGUCGCCAGAUCCCAGGAACUUCUUCAGUAGUUCAGAAAAAAUGGAAGUCUCUGCAGCCCUCAACACAGCAACGAGGGCUGGGACAGUCAACAAAGUCAAAGAUCAGUGCUGUGGCAGCUGAAAUAAAACAGAUUCGUGCAAGAAGGAAAACAGCACGUAUGUUAAUGGUUGUCCUCCUGGUUUUUGCACUUUGCUAUCUACCAAUUAGCAUCCUGAAUGUCUUGAAAAGGGUUUUUGGGAUGUUUAAUCAUGCUGAUGACAGAGAAACUGUAUAUGCCUGGUUCACAUUCUCACACUGGCUUGUAUAUGCAAACAGUGCAGCUAAUCCUAUUAUUUAUAACUUCCUCAGUGGGAAGUUUAGAGAAGAAUUUAAAGCAGCAUUUUCUUGUUGCAUCUUUGGCAUUCACAGUCACCAUGAUGAACGGCUUACCAGAGGUCGUGCCAGUACAGAGAGUCGGAAAUCCUUGACCACCCAGAUCAGCAAUUUUGAUAAUGUUUCAAAACUUUCAGAACAUGUUGUAUUGACCAACAUAAACACAAUUCCAGCAAACGGUAUCACAGCUACACUCAGCCCAUUGAAGUCAGUGGAACUGCAUCUCCACAUACCAGGGAUGAACAUGACUUCAAAUUUAGACGAAGCAGUGAGAAUUUCUGCAGAAUGCACUGGCAAAACAGAGAAUGCAGAGUGGGAUAAAUUUGUCCCCAGCAUAACUAAAUUUACCUCGAUGGAGUUACAGCAAGGAUGA